CAAGGGCGACUUGAAACCGGCUGUGCUGAAUAGCAUUUACUCUUCCCGUAUCCUCCCACCGCUGCAGCGAUACAUACCCCGGAAGUUUAGCCCUUCAUUGCUCGCGAAACUUUCUCUACACUGCCUGUUUUUUAAUAUAUCUUUGGAGCAAAGUUUGAACCCAUGUGUUUCUGACGUGUGAUAUCAACAGAGUCAAGCUGACACUAAUACAUCAAACAAAAGCAAAGUACUGUGGAUGCUGGAAAUGUGAAAUGAAAACAGAAAGUGCUGGAGAAACUCAGAAGUUUUACCUUCUGGUCGUAAUAUCCUCAAGUUCCAGGAUACUGGAUAAGAGGAAUCAUUGGACACCUAAUGCUCUCAAUAAUGUCCUGUGCGGAGAUGUCACAUACCUUUAAUCGAAAUGAAAACAUUUGCCUGGGUGAAGAGCAAUUUCAGAAAUUCUGUAAAUUGUUUAUUAAGCAUUCCGAUGAAAUCUGCAAUGGCUGGGAGUGGAGGCAGAAGGAGCUUAAUGAGGGAUACAUGGUAAAGGUGCACUUGAGAUCUAAAAUAUCCUUAAACAGCUUACUUGUGGAGGAUCAUUGCUUUCAAGAUCUUCAGGGUCACGAAGUAGAUGAUAAAGAAAAGCUUAACGUGAAGAAUGUUAGCAGUGACAUUGAGGAAGCCCAGAUCACAACACCUCAACUAAUUCGAUAUGAGUACCAUGUUGUGUACUCCAGCAGUUACCAGGCACCUGUACUGUAUUUCAGAGCUUGUUGUUCAGAUGGAAAGCCACUUACUUUGGAAGAAAUUUGGGAGAAUGUACAUGAUUGUUACAAAGAGCGACUUUUGCAAGGACCCUGGGAUACUAUUACACAACAGGAACACCAUUUACUUGGUCAACCUUUUUUUGUUCUCCAUCCUUGUCGAACAUCUGAAUUAAUGACUCCAAUAAUGGGUGCCACACAGGAGCAGAGGAAUGUAAAUUACAUCACAAGCUGGCUGAGCAUGAUGGGGCCAGUAGUGGGACUCGAUGUACCGUUGAGCUAUGCCACAGCUGUAUCACAGGGCAUUUUUGACCCAAAUUGAAAAAAGGAAUGUUUGAAGUGGAUAAAUAAGAAAAUCCUGUUGUUUAUUACGGAGAACACUGAAUUCUGAGAAGAAGAACAACGAUCUUUAUCCAAAAUCAAAUCAACAGCUUCUUACUGGCACUGUCAAAGAUUUGUUCCCUGUACUUACAGCUUAAGAUAUGCCAUUCUCUGAUUAGUCUGUGCUGUUAAAGAAAACUUAUCUUUGGUCUCUGAUACAAUAUUGUUUCAAUAGUUGACAAAAGAAUCCAUGUUCUCUGAACUUGAAGAUAUUUUGUUUAAACACUGUGGCUGUGAAACCUAAUGUGGACUUGUGUGCAGAAGUGCAGUAAAAUGUACUUAACACCAAAAGAAAGACACACAUUUUCUUCAGAAAUCUUGAGAUGGAAUGAAAUUAAAUUAAAACUGAAAAUAAAUUAAAUCAUCCUGAGAAGGGGUAAAGGAGCAUUUUUGUUUAAUGCUGUAUUUUUGUGCUGUAUUUGUUAAAUGACAUCAAGGAGUCCCCAUAAAACCACCUUCUUGCUUGAAAUAUCUGUCACGAAGAUUCAAACACAUUGAUAGAUGUAUUUUGUUUUGAACAUACAGUUUAUAUUUUCUUCAGUUUUUGCAAGUGUCACACUGCUUGCAAAUUGAGCUUAAUGUUGUCACAUAUUGUGCAAAAGUAAUAAGUGAAAACAAGGUACUAUCGAAGCUGUUACUGACUCGCACAAAUGAAAAUACAUUGGAGCCCUCUUCAGGUCAACUUAAGUUACCUCUUGAAGUAUCUAUAGUUUGUGAUUUAAAAACAACUAAAACAUAAUUAUUAGCAUAAAUAAAAGUGUUUAAUUCUGCAACAUUCUUCAAGUAUUUGUACUCACUGAUUUUACUUCCCAGUAUUUAAUAUGUUUUGUGUGUACACACUUAAUAAACAAGUAUUCAAGAUA